AUGAACUUAAUCAGGCGUCAAUCCGAUCAGUCAAUAGUUGGCAGCACCGAAACUGCAAAAUGGAUUGGUGUUGACACGGUCAGUGUCGAUGUCUACACCACUCUCGGGGCGACAACGACGGUAACUGCAUCAUUUGCCAUCGUUACAGCCACAGCAGCCUCAGGGAAUAUAAAUGCUGGUGAUGUCAGGUUUAUCACAUCUCCACAAGGCAAUGACAAGUUAAAUGCUCUCUUCGAGGAAGUGGCAGCUGCAUGUGCAAAUACGCACGUCAAGCGGUCCGGUAGUUGCGAGCUAUCACAAUUAUCGCGCCCCGGGGCUGGAGGCGUCGUGCUGGAAUUUGACAUUUAUUUUGAUAUCAACAUUCCAAUGUUUACCGCGGGAGAUGUGGCUGUGGCAUUGCAAAGUGUACCGGCAGCCGUAGCAGUGGCUUUCAUUGCCUACGUGAUCGGAGAUGGAAAGGUGCCCGAUUCGGUCAAGAUUCCGGCGACGGACACGGUUAAGACAACGAAAACAACGACGACAUCCACAACUGAAACCGGUGACCUUGCUCCUUAUGUGACGACGAACUACCCAGAAGUAGUCCCCACUGAAACCUUGGACUCGGACGCCUUGGAUUCAUUUAUGCAAAACUUCCUGUUGUCCUUCUUUCCAACCUCAACGAAUCCAGGAGCUAUGCCGACACUGACAAAAGCCACAACAAUAACUCCUGGAACUAUCAGCAUAUCGACUCCUGCUGGUAGCUCUUGUGCAAAAACCAUAACCACAGAGCUCUGUACCAUUCCGUGGGAGCCUUGCGCCACAUCUCCCCCACUGGGCCAAGUGACCUGCUUUCCGGAAAGCCGAAGGCCAUUCGAUAAGUAUGGUGCCGUUCGGCCGGAUCGGUACGAAGCAGCCGUCGACAAGGCAUGUGCAGCUUUCGCAAGUAAAGGUAAACUCGACGCCAACGAGGGCAGGGGCUCUUAUGUGUACCAAGCAAAGGAUGGGAGUGUGCCAUAUUGGUUCAAUAUUGGUGUCGGCAAUGGCUACCAAACGUGCGAAAACGAAAGCCUUGACGAUCCAGUUGGCGAUGGCUCGCAUAAAUGCAGCACUAUCCUCAAGAACGACAUUUUUCUUGCUUGCAACAAUGGUGGCCGUGGAGGUUUCCUAGAAGUAGGGUGUCUGACCUACGCAUUUGAUGUUUGCAGCGGAAACGGCGAUAUUCCUCUAGAAGGUGCGUGCUUUACAAUUGGUAUGGGUGCGCCCUGGGUGGUCACUUAA